GGGAACUGGAAGAGCCAAAACCCCGCGGCGCCCGCAGACGCGGCCUUAAAACAAAAGAGGCUCCCCGCAGGGUGGGACCGGGACCUCACCAGCUCCUCGCCAAGUUGCGGCCGCCCGCCCCCUCGGCCCCUAGUCUCCGUGUGCGCAUGAGCAGAGACGCCUCCCUCGGUUCCUCCCAAGGCUAAACUUUCUAAUUCCCUUCUUUGGGCUCCGCGGCUGCCAGCAGCGGGAGAGCGCUCGCACCGCCGGAAAGAAAGACGGGAAAAAGGAGCAGGCGGCUCGGCAGGCGUUUUCUCCCCUCCUGUGCCGUGUCCCCUCGGCUGCAGGGAUUGGACAUGGGGCUGCUCCAGGUGUUCGCUUUCAGUUUCGUAGCCCUGUGCGGAGCCCAAGUGCUCGCCCAAGAACCGGAGUUCAGCUACGGCUGCGCCGAGGGCAGCUGCUACCCGGCCACGGGCGACCUGCUCAUCGGCCGAGCACAGAAGCUCUCGGUGACCUCGACGUGCGGGCUGCACAAGCCCGAGCCGUACUGUAUCGUCAGUCACCUCCAGGAGGACAAAAAAUGCUUCAUAUGCGAUUCACAAGAUCCCUAUCAUGAGACCCUCAAUCCUGACAGUCAUCUCAUUGAAAAUGUGGUCACUACGUUUGCUCCAAACCGCCUUAAGAUUUGGUGGCAAUCUGAAAAUGGCGUGGAAAAUGUAACUAUCCAACUGGAUUUGGAAGCAGAAUUCCAUUUUACUCAUCUCAUAAUGACUUUCAAGACAUUCCGCCCAGCCGCUAUGCUGAUAGAACGGUCGUCUGAUUUUGGGAGAACCUGGGGCGUGUACAGAUACUUUGCCUACGACUGUGAGAGCUCAUUUCCGGGCAUUUCAACAGGCCCCAUGAAAAAAGUCGAUGACAUAAUUUGUGAUUCCCGAUAUUCUGACAUUGAACCCUCAACGGAAGGAGAGGUGAUAUUUCGUGCUUUAGAUCCAGCUUUCAGAAUAGAAGAUCCUUAUAGUCCAAGGAUACAGAAUCUCUUAAAAAUCACCAACUUGAGAAUCAAGUUUGUGAAACUACAUACUUUGGGAGAUAACCUUUUGGAUUCCAGAAUGGAAAUCAGAGAAAAGUACUAUUAUGCAGUUUAUGACAUGGUGGUUCGAGGAAAUUGCUUCUGCUAUGGCCAUGCCAGUGAAUGCGCUCCUGUGGAUGGAUUCGAUGAAGAAGUAGAAGGAAUGGUUCACGGACACUGUAUGUGCAGGCAUAAUACCAAGGGCUUAAAUUGUGAACUGUGCAUGGAUUUCUACCAUGAUUUACCUUGGAGACCUGCUGAAGGUCGAAACAGCAAUGCCUGUAAAAAGUGUAACUGCAACGAACAUUCCAGCUCAUGCCACUUUGACAUGGCGGUUUACUUGGCCACUGGGAACGUCAGUGGAGGCGUGUGUGAUGACUGUCAGCACAACACGAUGGGGCGCAACUGUGAGCAGUGCAAACCGUUCUACUACCAGCACCCGGAGAGGGACCUCCGAGAUCCUAAUCUCUGUGAACAAUGUGCCUGUAACCCAGCUGGCUCUCAGAAUGGGGGAGUCUGUGACAGUUACACUGAUUUUUCUGCUGGUCUCAUUGCUGGUCAGUGUCGGUGUAAAUUACAUGUGGAAGGAGAACAUUGUGAUAUUUGCAAAGAAGGCUUCUAUGGUUUAAGUGCUGAAGAGCCAUUUGGCUGUAAAUCUUGUGCCUGCAAUCCUCUGGGAACGAUUCCUGGCGGGAAUCCUUGUGAUUCUGAGACUGGUUACUGCUACUGUAAGCGUCUGGUGACAGGACAGCAUUGUGACCAGUGUCUGCCAGAGCACUGGGGCUUAAGCAAUGAUUUGGAUGGAUGUCGACCUUGUGACUGUGACCUUGGGGGAGCCUUAAACAAUAGCUGCUCUGCAGAGUCAGGCCAGUGCGCGUGUCGACCCCACAUGAUCGGACGUCAGUGCAACGAAGUGGAAUCUGGUUAUUACUUUACCACCUUGGACCACUACAUCUAUGAAGCAGAAGAAGCCAACUUUGGGCCUGGAGUCAGCAUAGUGGAGCGGCAGUAUGUCCAGGACCGGAUUCCUUCCUGGACUGGAUCGGGCUUCGUCCGAGUGCCCGAAGGGGCUUAUUUGGAGUUUUUCAUUGACAACAUACCAUACUCCAUGGAGUACGACAUCCUAAUUCGCUAUGAGCCGCAGCUACCUGACCACUGGGAGAAAGCUGUCAUCACAGUGCAGCGACCCGGAAAGAUUGUAGCCAGCAGCCGAUGUGGUAAUACCGUUCCUGACGAUGACAACCAGGUGGUGUCCUUAUCGCCAGGCUCCAGGUAUGUGGUCCUUCCACGCCCCGUCUGCUUUGAGAAGGGUGUGAACUACACAGUGAGGUUAGAGCUGCCUCAGUACACCUCCUCCCAUAGCGACGUGGAGAGUCCCUACACGCUCAUCGAUUCACUUGUUCUCAUGCCGUUCUGUAAGUCACUGGACAUCUUCACUGUGGGAGGUUCCGGAGAUGGGCUGGUCACCAACAGUGCCUGGGAGACCUUUCAGAGAUACCGAUGUCUGGAGAAUAGCAGAAGUGUCGUGAAAACGCCAAUGACCGACGUUUGCAGAAACAUCAUCUUUAGCAUUUCUGCCCUGUUACACCAGACUGGCCUGGCUUGUGAAUGCGACCCUCAGGGCUCGUUGAGUUCCGUCUGUGACCCCAAUGGAGGCCAGUGCCAGUGCCGGCCGAACGUGGUUGGAAGAACCUGCGACAGAUGUGCUCCUGGAACCUUUGGCUUUGGUCCCAGUGGAUGCAAACCUUGUGAGUGCCAUCUGCAAGGAUCUGUCAACGCUUUCUGUGAUCCCAUCACUGGCCAGUGCCACUGUUUCCAGGGGGUGUACACUCGGCAGUGUGACCGGUGCUUACCCGGGCACUGGGGCUUUCCAAGUUGCCAGUCCUGCCAGUGCAACGGCCAUGCCGAUGACUGUGACUCAGUAACAGGAGAAUGCUUGAGCUGCCAGGACUACACCACGGGUCAUAACUGUGAAAGGUGCUUGGCUGGUUACUACGGUGAUCCCAUCAUUGGGUCAGGAGAUCACUGCCGCCCUUGUCCUUGCCCAGAUGGCCCCGACAGUGGACGCCAGUUUGCCAGUAGCUGUUACCAAGAUCCUGUUACUUUACAGCUUGAGUGUGUCUGUAAUCCUGGAUACAUUGGCUCCAGAUGCGACGACUGUGCCGCAGGCUUCUUUGGCAAUCCCUCGGACGUAGGGGGGACAUGUCAGCCUUGUCAGUGUCACCACAACAUUGACACGACAGACCCAGAAGCCUGUGACAAGGAGACCGGGAGGUGCCUCAAGUGCCUGUACCACACGGAAGGGGAGCACUGCCAGCUCUGCCGAUUCGGGUACUACGGAGACGCCCUCCGGCAGGAAUGUCGAAAGUGCGUCUGCAAUUACCUGGGCACUGUGCAGGAGCACUGUAAUGGCUCUGACUGCCAGUGUGACAAAGCCACCGGUCAGUGCUUGUGUCUUCCUAAUGUGAUCGGGCAGAACUGUGACCGCUGCGCGCCCAACACCUGGCAGCUGGCCAGCGGGACUGGGUGUGACCCAUGCAACUGCGACGCUGCUCACUCCUUUGGGCCGUCUUGUAAUGAGUUCACGGGGCAGUGCCAGUGCAUGCCUGGGUUCGGAGGCCGCACCUGCAGUGAGUGCCAGGAGCUCUUCUGGGGAGACCCCAACGUGGAGUGCCGAGCCUGUGACUGUGACCCCAGGGGCAUUGAGACACCGCAGUGUGACCAGUCCACCGGCCAGUGUGUCUGCAUCGAGGGUGUCGAGGGUCCACGCUGUGACAAGUGCACUCGAGGGUACUCGGGAGUCUUCCCUGACUGCACUCCUUGCCACCAGUGCUUUGCUCUUUGGGACGUGAUCAUCGCUGAGUUGACCAACAGGACUCAGAAGUUCCUGGAGAAAGCCAAGGCCUUGAAGAUCAGUGGUGUGAUCGGGCCUUACCAGGAGACUGUGGAUUCGGUGGAGAAGAAAGUCAAUGAGAUCAGAGACAUCCUGGCCCAGAGCCCAGCUGCGGAGCCACUGAAAAACAUUGGGAAUCUCUUUGAGGAAGCAGAGAAACUAACCAAAGAUGUUACGGAAAAGAUGGCUCAAGUAGGAGUGACAUUAUCUGACACAGCUUCACAGAGCAACAGCACAGCCAAAGAACUAGACUCUCUACAGACGGAAGCAGAAAGCCUAGACAGCACAGUGCAAGAGUUUGCUGAACAAUUGGAAUUUAUCAAAAACUCAGAUAUUCGAGGCGCCCUGGAUAGCAUUACCAAGUAUUUCCAGAUGUCUCUCGAGGCAGAGGAGAGGGUGAAUGCCUCCACCACAGAUUCCAACAGCACUGUGGAGCAGUCAGCCCUCACUCGAGACAAAGUGGAAGACUUGAUGUUGGAGCGCGAGUCCCAGUUCAGGGAAAAACAAGAGGAACAGGCCCGCCUUCUGGAUGAACUGGCAGGGAAACUACAAAGUCUAGACCUUUCAGCCGCUGCUGAAAUGACCUGUGGAACGCCUCCAGGGGCCUCCUGUUCUGAGACUGAAUGUGGCGGCCCAAAUUGCAGAACUGACGAAGGAGAGAAGAAGUGUGGGGGGCCUGGCUGUGGCGGUCUGGUCACUGUUGCACACAGUGCCUGGCAGAAAGCCAUGGACUUUGACCGAGAUGUCAUGAGUGCCCUGGCUGAGGUGGAGCAGCUCUCCAAGAUGGUCUCUGAAGCAAAACUGAGGGCAGAUGAGGCAAAACAGAAUGCUCAAGAUGUUCUGUUGAAAACCAACGCUACCAAAGAAAAAGUGGAUAAGAGCAAUGAGGACCUGAGAAAUCUCAUCAAGCAGAUCAGAAACUUUCUGACUCAGGAUAGUGCUGACUUGGACAGCAUUGAAGCAGUUGCUAAUGAAGUAUUGAAAAUGGAAAUGCCUAGCACCCCACAGCAGUUACAGAACCUGACAGAAGAUAUUCGUGAACGAGUUGAAAGCCUUUCUCAAGUAGAGGUUAUUUUACAGCAAAGUGCUGCUGACAUCACCAGAGCUGAGCUGUUGUUAGAAGAAGCUAAAAGAGCCAGCAAAAGUGCAACAGACGUUAAAGUCACUGCAGACAUGGUAAAGGAAGCUCUGGAAGAAGCGGAGAAGGCGCAGAUUGCAGCAGAGAAGGCAAUUAAACAGGCAGAUGAAGACAUCCAAGGGACCCAGAACCUGCUGACUUCCAUUGAGUCUGAAACAGCAGCUUCUGAGGAAACCUUGGUCAACGCCUCCCAGCGCAUCAGUGAGCUAGAGAGGAAUGUGGAAGAACUUAAGCGCAAGGCUGCCCAGAACUCUGGGGAGGCAGAGUAUAUUGAAAAAGUUGUAUAUACUGUGAAACAAAGUGCAGAUGAUGUUAAGAAGACUCUGGAUGGUGAACUUGAUGAAAAGUAUAAGAAAGUAGAAAACUUAAUUGCCAAAAAAACCGAAGAGUCGGCUGAUGCCAGAAGGAAAGCUGAAAUGCUACAAAAUGAAGCAAAAACACUUUUGGCUCAAGCAAACAGCAAGCUGCAACUGCUGAAAGAUUUAGAAAGAAAAUAUGAGGACAAUCAAAAAUAUUUAGAAGAUAAAGCUCAAGAAUUAGUAAGACUGGAAGGAGAAGUCCGUUCACUCCUAAAAGAUAUAAGCCAGAAAGUUGCUGUUUAUAGCACCUGCUUGUAACAGAGGACAGGCUACAAGUGUAAGACGGCUGAAGUGACCAAAGUCAGCUACAUUCUAAAAACUGAUGUAAUGAUCUUCAAAGUAAAACUCAUUACCUAUUUAAUGUUUUUAAUCGCCACAUUUUGUAUGGAGUUAAAUAAAGUACAGUGCUUUUGUAUAAAUAUA